AUGAGGGGUUCCACCGGCCAGCUCGAAUUCUAUGCGGUAUCCAGGUCAGGCCAGCUCCUUUCGACAUCAGCGCUGGACUUCUGGAUGGGAUUGCUCAUUCGGAUACUAGCUCUCGUGGCUGCUGCCUUAUUCGUCGCUGAAGUCCAGCUGCCCCCCUGGAUGAACAGGGAAUACGCCCGUCUGUCCCCUCGGGACCGCGGUGGGCUGGAUCAUGCUGAGCUUCUGCGCCCAGAUGUGCAAGAAGGCAAGGACGUCGAGAUUCCUCACGAGCCAGCUGCUAUGCACGGAAAGCCCAAGGUGUUAAAGGCAACCGGUGUCUUCGAGUCUGUGGCAAUGAUUGCCAUAUACAUGUCGGCGGCGAUUGGGAUUGUCUAUUUGAACGCAUAUAUUUUGACUCAAUGGCCAUGGGCAGCCACCCUGACAAUGUUGCAGAUGCUGUUCUGUUCAAUCGCAGCGCGGGGCUGUGUGCCUCUCGCGCUACUAUACACAUUUUACCUUUAUGGCUCUAACGCGGUGUAUGACUACCUACCUGUUGGGUACAUCCAGCUUCUGAAGCCGGGGCAGGCAAUCGGCGUUUACAUCCUUCUCGCCAUGGCGGGGAAGGAGGCUGUCUCCAUGCUUCCGGUCUUAAAUUUGACAGUCAUCCUCGGUGCAGUCGUUGUCGCGAGCGUGGCGAAGUCGGAGGUCGCGGGCUGGUCGACGGCUGGCUUCAUGUUCAUGAUGGUCAGUAAUGCUUGUUAUAGCUUCUAUCUUGUGGGCCAGCAGCUUGUUCUAAACACAUCCCUUGGAGGCGGGAAACAUGCUUCCAAACUCGAUGCCAUCACAACGCUCUACUUUCUUGGCCCGGCAACAGCCAUGGGCCUUGCCGUCGUGGCUGCUGCAACCGAAUGGGGUCAGGCCGAUUUUCGAUUGACAAGCGUGUCCCCGUGGUUUCUUUUGUGCGACUGCAUCAUUGCGUUCUCGCUCAAUCUUAUCCAAAUAAAUAUCAUUGGAAAACUCAGUGCCCUGAGUUACAUGUUUGCCGGCUACGCGAAAGGCUUUCUAACGGUCGUCAUCUCUGUAAUUUUCUACAAGGAAGCUGUGGAUGGCCUUGAAAUUACUGGCUAUAUCGUGAUGCUCUUCGGCCAGCUGUUGUGGUCUCUCCGCAAAUUGCGUGCACGAUUGCCUCAAUCGGACCACGAGGAUGCCGGACUGAACCUAAAACUCGGCGGCCUUUUCACAUUCUUGGUCGUCGGGCUUCUUUAUAGCCUCACGGUUGACGCCUGCUUGGCCGUUUCUGGCAACGCUGAAAUGUCACCGUCGCUUCACUGGCCCGAAGGUAGGCGGCAGUGUGGCAAACAACGUAUGCCUACCGGCCGCCACUGGUAUUAA